CUGCAUUGAGGAUUUUGAAUGGAGUGCUGUAUAAAAAGAGGACAUUUCUUAUCGAGCAGUCUUCCAUAAGUCCGGGCCAAUUCUGACCGAUAAAAGAACCAGCGACAUUCGUAUGGUGCUUUUAUGGAAUCCCCUCCCAAAAGAAAAAAAACUAAAAACCUAAAACUGACCAUGUCUCUCCAUGUGGGCAGAAGUUUCCGAGUGGCUGCAGGGCGACAGAUAACAGACACUUAAAAUGAUGGAAGAGAGAUUUGUGCUGGGCUUGUAUUGUCUAAUAAAUACAGCAUCGUCUAUCAUAGUGGUAGAAGCCAUGGAGCAUCACAGCCUCAUUCACAGCCAGUUUCAGUCACUGAAACUUCUUGGAGAGAUAGCGAAUGAUGGUUUCGCGUCUGUCAAUGAGGUUUCUCUUCGGACGGUACUGGCUUGGGAUCUUUCGUCGCGCUUUCGACCUCGCCCGCAAACUGCCUCUACUACCGAAAUACAAGCUCCUGUAUCCUAUGGGGUCUCCGCGUCGGGCCAAAAUCGGUUACAGAUGCGAAUCCUUUUGCGGCACGCUGGAUCAAUGAAUCAUUCUUGUAUUGAAACAACGAUAUCUUGUCGAAGUAUGCGUUUCAUACCACGCAGCGGUGGCAUGAAUCCUCUCGCCCUGCUGCUGUUCGAAAAUAUCACCAACAAAGGCUCUAUGGAAGUUCUCCCUAUUGGACCAACACCACUUCGCACCCAUGCUGUUCUGUGGAGGCUCACGUACAAAUCAAUCUUGCGAAGGGUUUGCAACUCAGAAAAGGUUUUGUGUCCAGGGCUGAAACUUAGGAACAAACGCCUUGAUGGCGCGUCGGUUCCGAAAGACUUACUCUAGCUACAUCAUGGGGGAUGUUUGGGCUCCCGCUAAGAGAGAUCUCGUACCAUCCAGAUCGACACACUCAGAGCUUUCUGUCUUUCUAAUAUAGAGCUUAUGCUCGUGUGUCUUACAAAAGAGACAGUUGUAGACCUAAUGGUGGCGUGCUGGAGUUACUCCAAAGGAAUCUAAAUCCACAUAUGCGUCCUGUGGGCACUCGCUACCUGCACGAACUCUCAUGAACAAGGCCAAUGACAAGAUUUUGAUUGACCAUGGAGAUCGCGUGCCGGGUGCAGAAAGCU